AUGGCCUCCCUAAAGGGGGGCUCCGAAGAUGAGGAGCAGGGCCUGCUGUCGCAGACGCCGCCGCCGCCCAAGCCCGGCGGCGCGCGCAUACUGGGCCUGCCGGCCGUGCUGGUUGCCGGCCUGGCCUACUGCGCCGCCAGCGGAAGCAUGGUCAUCCUAAACAAGCACGCCCUCAACCCCAAGAGCUUCGGCUUCACGGCGCCCAACGCGCUGCUCGCGUUCCAGUGCGCCCUCGCCGCCGCGCUGGUCAAGGCCUGCCACCUGGCGGGCCUGGUCAAGCUGCAGCCGCUGAAGCGCGACCUGGUGCUGAUCUGGUUCCCGGUCAACCUGCUGUUCGUGGCGAUGAUAGGCAGCAGCUUCUACGCCCUGCAGCACGUCGGCGUCGCGAUGGUCACGGUCUGGAAGAACGUCAGCAACUUCGUCACCGCGGUGUGCGACGUGGUCAUCUACAAAAAGUCCUACAGCCCGCAGGUCUGGGCGACGCUCGGGCUGAUGCUCGUCUCGGCGAUGGUCGGCGCCGCGACCGACCUGUCGUUCACGUGGCGCGGCUACAUCUGGCAGAUCGCAAACUGCGGGUUCACCUCCGCAUACGCGCUGUACCUGCGGUCGGUGAUGGACAAGGUCGCGGAGCGCACGACCAACAAGCAGAAGAUGGACGAGUUCAGCAUGGUGUACUACAACAACCUGCUGUCGGUGCCGCCGAUCCUGGUGCUGAUGGUGCUGUUCGGGGAGCACGACGGCCUGCUGCAGCAGCCGGCGCUGCAGAAUCCCAUGUUCCUGGCGGUGGCGCUGCUGGGCGGCCUGAUUGGGUUUGGGAUCAGCUUCAGCGCGCUGUGGUUCCUGAGCCAGACGACGGCCACGAUCUACAGCCUCGUGGGGGCGCUCAACAAGGUGGGCCCGGGGGGAGGGGGGCAAGGGGGCGGCAGCGGGGAAGGGGGGGAGAGGGGGGGACGCCAGAGGGGUGGGCGGCGGGGCUCUGAGCGGAUCUGA